CACUUUUCAACAUCAAACCGGCCAAGGCUCUCAUCAGUAUGUACAUGCAGGAUGCAAACAUGAUGGCUUUUGCUGCUAUAUUUUUGGCUUUGAGUGGAUGGACAUCAGGGCUGACUAAACGCGUGGCUUUAAAGUUUCUGGCAAUGUCAGGAGGUGAAUUCCGGAAAUGUAGCUAUCUGACGGUUGCAUUAUCUGCGCUAUUAUCCAUGUGGUUCCCUGACACAGCUGUAAUGAUGUUCAUGAUUGGGGUAAUGGAGAAGAUGUUGGUCGAGUUAAACAGCACCAUUAGUCUCGGAAGCUUAGGUGACGCCAGAAUGGGUCAAAUGAAAGCCAUUGAGCAGAAAAUUAAAGAUGAGGCUGCUGCUGAGCUUAAUGCUGAAACGGAGCUUGGAAAUAUCAAGAAAUUAUUGGAAACUGCAGAUGAUACCACGAAUGUAGACGAAGAAUCGUCUCAAGCAGGGGCUGAAAGUGAACAACCAUAUUCUGGCUUAAAGGAGGAACAAAUUUAUUCUAGCAACGACUCAGAAAAUGCGGAUAAAAUGCAAAUGUUUAUUGACGAGACGAUAUUCAAACUCGAAAACGAGAAAAUUUUAAGCACUUUCAGCCUAAAUAUUCUUCACAGUGUGGGGAUUAUUGUCAACAUUGGCGGCUUGUUUUGGCCAUUUUGCUCAACGGGAGCUAUUCAGUUGAUGUCGCGUGCCGGAGUGGUCGACAUGGGCGUGUGGAUGAGCUUUGUGGGACCCGUGAUGGCGAUAAUGCUGCCCUUCACUAUUUGGUACCUGGACUUCAUAAGUUUUAUCCUUCCUUCAAUUUGUUCUGCAAAGAGGAAAGUCAAGCCGGAAAACCAACCUCCAAGGAUACAGCGAAGGUCCUUGGAUAUAGAAAUUGCUGAUACUACUCGACAGAAUCUGGAGUCGCACUACAAUGCAGAGUAUGCUGCCCUAGGAAAAUUCACUUCUUAUGAAAAAGGUCUCAUCACGGUGUUGGCGUUGACCGAAGGACUCUGCAUUAUAUCAGACACGCGCUUUUGUGGGGGAUGGUCAGCAUCACUUGCUAAGGAAGGAGGCGUACAUGCCAAAGUGUCAACUAUUGCAAUGUUUCUAGCAAUUUUCUCAUUUGUAUUUCCCAAAUGCGGAAGUGACAUGUUCAGAGGGCCAAAGAGCCCCACGGACAAAGCCAGUUUCACUGCCCUUCUCGGAUGGAAGAUUAUUCAAGCACAAUUUCCCUGGGGUCUCCUCAUUUUCAUCGGAGGUGGUCUUGCCAUUGGCUGCGGAAGUAGAGCGUCCCAAUUGAGCGAUAGUAUGGGAGGUACAUUAGUUGGCCUACUUGGAAAUAGCAGCUUCUAUGUGUAUCUAUUAGUGUUGAUGGUGAUGACUUUUGUACUGGCGUGCUUGGUGUCGAACACGGCUGCUGCUGGUAUUGCAAUUCAGAUCACUGUUUAUAUUUCUAACAAUCAACAUAUACGACCACAUCUACUACUGAUUCCGUGCGUUGCUGUGUCUGCAUUUGCAUUUGUGCACCCUGCAGGAACACCAGCUCUGGCUUUAUUGCACAUGAGGACUCAAGAUAAGCCCAUUUGGCAAUAUUUCCUUAUGGGAUCGCCACUCACACUUUUAGGUUUUGUAUUGAUAUACGUGGUUGGGAUCUGUUGUAACCUGGUGGGAUAGCUUAAAACUGUACGCCGUUUCUGGAUACGGAUACAUUUAUUAAAAUUAAAAUGUCAUUUGUAAAAAUUCAUGCAAGAUAUUGUAGCGCCCAAUAUAUUAUUCGAUGAUUCAA